CUGUCAGGCCGCCUCUUCGCCAGCCACCCGGCUUGCCGCCCUGCAGCGCCCGGCCCUUCCCCAUGCUGGCCCCGUCGACCCCGGAGACCGCAGUCCCCAUGUCCCAGACCGAGGCCGACCUGGCCCUGCGGCCCCCGCCGCCUCUCGCCGCUGUGGGGCCGCCCCGCCUGGGCCCCCCUCCUCGCCGGGCGCGCCGCUUCUCCGGGAAAGCUGAGCCCCGGCCGCGUUCUUCCCGCCUCAGCCGCCGCAGCUCGGUCGACUUGGGGCUACUGAGCUCUUGGUCUCAGCCAGCCUCAUCCUUUCCGGAGCCCCCAAAUCCUCCGGACUCCGAUGGUCCCUGCCCCGUAAGGAGCCCACCACCGAGCUCCGAAGAGCCCCCCGAGGGCACGUGGACCGGGGGAGCCCCGGUGAAGCCAGCAGACUCUGCGCAUUCCGAACUCGCGGGCGCCUCAGGAGUCCCGGGGUCUGCAGAGUCGCCGAGGAUCCCCGAAGCCGCAGCCCGAGAGCGGCGGCGGGAGCUGGAGGAGGAGGACACGGAGACACAGGCUGUGGCGACGUCCCCAGACGGCCGAUACCUCAAGUUUGACAUUGAGAUUGGACGUGGUUCUUUCAAGACGGUGUAUCGAGGGCUGGACACGGACACCACGGUGGAAGUGGCCUGGUGUGAGCUGCAGACUCGGAAACUGUCUCGGGCCGAGCGUCAGCGUUUCUCGGAGGAGGUGGAGAUGCUCAAGGGGCUACAGCACCCCAACAUCGUUCGCUUCUAUGACUCGUGGAAGUCGGUGCUGAGGGGCCAGGUUUGCAUCGUGCUGGUCACCGAACUUAUGACCUCUGGCACGCUCAAGACGUACCUGAGGCGGUUCCGCGAGAUGAAGCCACGAGUCCUUCAGCGCUGGAGCCGUCAGAUCCUGCGGGGGCUUCAUUUCCUACACUCCCGGGUUCCCCCCAUCUUGCACCGGGAUCUCAAGUGCGACAAUGUCUUUAUCACUGGCCCCUCGGGCUCGGUCAAGAUUGGGGACCUGGGCCUGGCUACGCUCAAGCGUGCCUCCUUUGCCAAGAGCGUCAUCGGCACCCCGGAGUUCAUGGCCCCCGAGAUGUAUGAGGAAAAGUACGAUGAGGCCGUGGACGUGUACGCAUUCGGCAUGUGUAUGCUGGAGAUGGCUACCUCGGAGUACCCGUACUCCGAGUGCCAGAACGCCGCGCAAAUCUACCGCAAGGUCACUUCGGGCACAAAGCCGAACAGCUUCUACAAGGUGAAGAUGCCGGAGGUGAAGGAGAUCAUUGAAGGUUGCAUCCGCACGGAUAAGAACCAGAGGUUCACCAUCCAGGACCUUCUGGCCCACGCUUUCUUCCGCGAGGAGCGUGGCGUGCACGUGGAGCUGGCGGAGGAGGACGAUGGCGAGAAGCAGGGCCUCAAGCUCUGGCUGCGCAUGGAGGAUGCGCGGCGCGGGGGUCGGCCGCGGGACAACCAGGCCAUUGAGUUCCUGUUCCAGCUGGGCCGGGACGCGGCCGAGGAGGUGGCACAGGAGAUGGUGGCUCUGGGCUUAGUCUGUGAAGCUGAUUACCAACCAGUGGCCCGUGCAGUGCGUGAGCGGGUUGCUGCCAUACAGCGGAAGCGUGAGAAGCUUCGCAAAGCUCGAGAGUUGGAGGCCCUCCCACCCCCACCAGGACCCCCACCAGCAACUGUCCCCAUGGUUCCUGGCCCCCCCAGUGCCUUUCCCCCUGAACCUGAGGAGCCUGAGGCAGACCAGCACCAGCCCUUCCUCCUCCGCCAUGCCAGCUACUCAUCUACCACCUCGGAUUGCGAGACUGAUGGCUACCUCAGCUCCUCUGGCUUCCUGGAUGCCUCAGACCCUGCCCUUCAGCCCCCUAGGGGGGUGCCAUCCAGCCCCGCUGAGUCCCAUCUCUGCCUGCCCUCGGCUUUUGCUCUAUCCAUUCCACGUUCUAGCCCUGGCAGUGAUUUUGCCCCUGGGGACAGCUAUGCCUCCGAUGCAGCAUCAGGCCUUAGUGACAUGGGAGAAGAGAUGGGACGAAUGAGGAGACCUAUAGGGAGAAAUCUCCGGCGCAGGCCCCGAUCCCGGCUGCGGGUCACUAAUGUCUCAGACCAGAAUGACAGAGUGGUUGAGUGCCAGUUACAGACACACAACAGCAAGAUGGUGACCUUCCGAUUUGAUCUGGAUGGGGACAGCCCAGAGGAGAUCGCAGCUGCCAUGGUGUAUAACGAGUUCAUUCUACCCUCGGAGCGAGAUGGAUUCCUGAACCGCAUUCAGGAGAUUAUCCAGCGAGUAGAGACCCUGUUGAGGAGAGAUACUGGCCCUGUGGAGGCUGUUGAGGACACCCUGGGCUCCCAGGAGGAGCCAGCACCACCGCAUGCCCUCCCGGGCCCCCUCCCAGACCCUUCUAGUGCAGACCCCCAGAGCAGUACGUCCCUGGAGCAGAGGAGCUGGGCAGUCUUCUCCACCUCCCCUUCUUCUCCUGGAACCCCCUUGUCUCCUGGAAACUCAUUUUCCCCUGGAACUCCCCUUUUCCCAGGUCCCAUCUUCCCUAUCACUUCUCCCCCAUGUCCUCCCAGCCCCUCCUCACUCCCCCUUAUUUCCUCCCACGCUUCCUCACAUCCCCCUCCACACGCCCCCAGCUCUCCACUUCCACUCUCCCCCAGUGCAUCCCAGUUUCCAAUCCCAUCCUCUCAGUUUCCCCAGAGCUCUCUUCUCCCCAGUUCUCCACCCACAUUCUCUCCCAUUUGUUCCCAGGUCACUCAUAACCCCUCUUCCUUUCCGCCAAGACCCUCCUCUCCCCCUCUUCCAUCCACCACAGCAGCCCCUCUCCUCUCUCUGGCUAGUGCCUUCUCACUGGCUGUGAUGACUGUGGCCCAGUCCCUGCUGUCCCCCUCACCUGGUCUCCUUUCCCAGUCUCCUUCAGCCCCUCCUGGCACCCUCCCCAGCCUGCCCUCUCCCCCUUCCCUUGCUCCUUGUGGCCAGGAGAGCCCUUCGCCCCUCACAGCUGAGAUGGAGAGUGAGGCCCCCCCAAAUCCUGCUCAGCCAUUCCUGGGUGAAGCCAGACUGGCACCCAUCUCUGAAGAGGGAAAGCCUCAGCUUGUUGGACGUUUCCAAGUGACUUCAUCCAAGGAGCCAGCUGAGCCUCUUCCCCUGCCACCGUCAUCCCCAGCUCUCUCUGGUUCUCUGAAGCCUCCAACCCCUCAGCUGGCCUCGGAGAGCUCAGACACAGAGGACAGUGCUGGAGGCAGGCCAGAGACCAGGGAGGCUCUGGCCGAGAGCGACCGUGCCACUGAGGGCCUAGGGGUUGGAGCUGAGGAGGAAGGGGGUGAUGGGAAGGAGCCCCGAGGAGGGGGCAGCCCCCCGCCCCUGAGCCAUCCCAGCCCCGUAUGGAUGAACUACUCCUACAGCAGCCUGUGUCUGAGCAGUGAGGACUCUGAGAGCAGUGGGGAGGAUGAGGAGUUCUGGGCUGAGCUACAGAGUCUUCGGCAAAAGCACUUGUCAGAGGUGGAGGCUCUACAGAUGCUGCAGAAAAAGGAAAUUGAGGACUUGUACAGUCGGCUUGGGAAGCAGCCCCCGCCGGGCAUCGUGGCCCCAGCCGCCAUGCUGUCCAGCCGCCAGCGGCGCCUCUCCAAGGGCAGCUUCCCUACCUCCCGUCGCAACAGCCUGCAGCGCUCCGAACCCCCAGGCCCUGGCAUCAUGCGAAGGAACUCCUUGAGUGGCAGCAGCACCGGCUCCCAGGAGCAGCGGGCAAGCAAGGGGGUGACAUUCGCCGGGGAUGUCGGCAGGAUGUGAAUUCAGAAUGGAAGCCAAGUGUGUCCCCGACACCAGGGCUCACCAUGGAGCUCGUGCUCACAGAACCUGCUGCUUUUCUGACUGACACAACUCAGCAAGGAAGACCCCAGCAGUGAGGGGGUGGAAGGCCAGGGGGCACGAAGAGUGCAGGCCCAUUCUAGGGAAGAGUCAGACACGAGGGAACUGUUAGCUCUGUGUAGAGGGCAUCAAUUCUGCCAUCUACCACCUUUAUCCCCGCUACCUCCCCAGGCAGUGGUCAACCACUAAGCAGUCUCACCCAAGCCCAUAUGCUUCUGGAGGGCCUACUGCCAUCUGGGUGUUCUCACAGACUCAGCAG